AGGAGCUGGAGAGGGUAUCGGUGUGGCCAGGGACUGCGGUGUGGGUGCCCAGGGCUGACAGCGCGGGGAUCGGCUCUGCUCUGCAGCGUGGCCGAGCCCCGAAUGUUUGGUGGUCGCUGCUCUGGCUGCUUCUGUUUGAGCGUUGCCGGGGACGAAUGUUGGGGCUCCCAGUGUUCAGCACCCGGCAACAGCUCUGCUGGGGGAGAGCAAUGGGUCACACCAGAGUCCACAGUCCCACUCGGGGUCCCCAGGGACACCCGUACCGAGUGGUGUCUCUAAGGGGUCCAUACUGGGACCAGUAUGGUUCAAUCUCUUCCCCAGUAACACACAGCGGGCCCUGUAGUGACAGAAAAAGGGGCAAUGAUUUUCGACUGAAAGAGGGGAGAUUCAGACGAGCUCUGUGGAAGAAUUCUUUUCUGCUGAGCCUCUGGCCCAGGUUGCUCAAAGCGGUGACAGAAGCCCCAUCCCUGGAGGUGUUCAAGGCCAGGGUGGAUGGGGCUUUGAGCAGCUUGAUCCAGUGGGAGGUGUCCCUGUCCAUGGCAGGGAGCUGGACCAGAUGAUCUUUGAAGGUCCCUUCCAACUCAAAUCAUUCUAUGAUAAGGUGAAACCCGAACCCUCGUGUACUUGUUCCUUCUUGAUUAGAGCCAGUGCGUGCGAGGAGUGCAGGGCCCAGGGGGGUGGGAAGGUGCUUUACAAAUGCCAGUGGGACAGCGCUGAGCUGGGGUGAUAGAAGUGCUUGUGCUCUCAAGGCCACAUGGCAGAUGUCAGCUGUCACCAGCCUGUCCCAGAUCUUCCUCUUAGCUCGAGCUGCUGAGCUGAGGAAGCUGUUCUGCUAUGUGGGGUAGAUCCCUUGCUCUGGGCACUGGGGACCAAGCUGCUGGGUAAAUACAGCAGUCGCAACCUCUUCCCUCUGCAAGGUCAUGCAGGUUUUGCUUACUGAUCCCUGAGCUGAGUGUUUCACGGUUGAAUGAGAUGCAUUUUUACAGCUCUUGUGCCAAAACUUGUGGCUGUGUUCAUGACACCAAUUUCCCUUCCUCUGUCCAGUGCCAGAAGCAUUUUUGUUACCCUAAUCCCCAGGCACAGAGACCUCGAUUGUUGUGAAGUCUGAGCUGCUUUCCAGCCUAGGAGCAGCUUUGUGCUCCACGUCUCUGUACUUAAUUAGAUCAGUUCAUGGAGAUCAAUGGGAUGUUUCACGUGCUGAGGUGAGAUGGUGUUCUUGGUCAGGACAUCAAAGAUCAGCCUGUUUAAUUUUUGUUCCCUUUUCACUUGCAAAUCUAAAGGACCGUUUCCUCCUUUUCAGUUCCUGUAGUUCAGGAGAACUUUUACUGCAUACGUAGGAUUCCAAAGUCCCAUUCUGUGUUCCUGCCCCUGCUUCAACGCUGAGGCUGAAGGCUGAUGCGAUGAGCUGGUGGCACAGGGCAGUGGUGAGGAGUGACCUGUCACGAUGGGGAUCCGCUCAGGCACCACGUGGAGGGUGAAAUGGGUCCUUGACCUCUUUCCCUGUAAAUCUGUGUUUUGGGGCUUUGAGGGGUGAGGUGGGAGGUCACAACCGUUCCCUCCCCUAGGCUGCGAGAGCUGAUGGAGCAGGGGCAGCUGCAUUAGCGUUCAUGUGCUUAACCAAUGGCUGGUGCCAAGAGCAGCAUCUGUUGUCGGGGUACAAAGCGGAUACAGAUCCCGCGUGUCUGCCCGUUUCUGUGCCUGGCAAGGGGAGUCCUUCAGGGUCAAGUCAAGGCAAGUUCACACUCUCUCCUCAACUUGCUAUUGUGGAUACCCUCCUGGGAAACAGGAUAAUGUGUGACAAAUGCAAACAGCUAAUAAGAACAGAAUAAUGCAAAAGAGAAGUGCAGAGCUGGAAAUAGUUCCUUACAUAAAGGACUGGUUCUUCAAUCUCAUUACUGUCUUAAGGAGUGGACACUGAGCUGCCUCUGACUCCUACAAAGCAAAUCGCAAUCUGAUCAGCAAUCGGCUUUGGGAACCUGGCAGGUCCACGGUGACACGGCCAGUGCCCCUCAGGGAGAAGCUCAGCACCGCUCCUCAGAGCUCGCGGUGCCUGUCCCAGCCAGCACACACCUGGCAGGAGCGUUCCCAUGAAGCCAAGGCUGCUGUAACGGGAGUCCUUGCUUCAGAGGGCAGGCACGAUGAGGCAGCUGGGGAUGAGGCGUGCGAGUCUCUCUGCCAACCUGAAGAUAGGGGAUCACCAGGGCUGCUACCGGACACCAGAGGAAGAAGAAGCCUACAUCCCGUUCGCCCAGGACAGCCUGAUAAAACAAUGGAGCUCCAUGCAGAAUGUGACGGACAGACACCAGGAGAAAAGCAAGACUCCCAUCCAAAGGAACAAGUAUUUGCUCAACAUUAAUGUGGGUGGCAAAUUGUUCCAGAUCGCUUACAGUGUAGCAGCCCGGUACCCCAUCACCAGGCUUGGGAAGCUGGCCCUUUACACGGACCCGAUGAAGAAGCUGCAGCUCUGUGAUGACUACUCAGUGCAGAAGAACGAAUACUUCUUUGACCGAGAUCCUUCCAUUUUCCACUAUAUCUUCCACUUCUACCGCAGCGGGGUCCUGUGGAUAAUGGAUGAGAUGUGCCCCAGUAACUUUGUGGAGGAAAUUGAGUACUGGGGAAUCCAUCUGAAAUACUCACAGCGCUGCUGCCGGAUCCUGUUUGAGGAAAAGCAAGAUGAACUCAGCGAAUAUCUGAAAAUACAGAAGGAACUGGAGGCAGAACUGGAGCCCCUGGACUCAGAAGAGCACUUUGAGGGCAAAUUUCUGGGGGGGGUUCGGAAGAAGGUCUGGAACCUCAUUGAGAACCCGUACUCUUCUGUCCCAGCCAAGAUCAUCGCUGUCAUGUCGAGCUUCUUUGUGCUUAUCUCCAUCGUGGGGAUGACGCUGAGCACAGUGGAGGAGAUGAAACAGAAGACAGGGAAGAUAUGGAUGGAGCAGCUGGAGAUGAUCUGUGCCAUCUUCUUCACCUCUGAAUACCUCAUGCGGCUCAUAUCCUCCUCCAGCUUCAAGAAGUUUUUGCGGGCAGCAUUCAAUGCUGUCGACCUGGUAGCCAUCCUGCCCUUCUAUAUCCAGAUCCUCUUUGAAAACUUGGACCAAGGGGACACACUUUACCAUGAUGAACUGGACAAGGUGGAGAGCGUGAGCAAGCUGGGGAAAGUCCUCAAGCUCAUCAAACUCAUGAGGAUCUUCCGCAUCCUCAAGCUAGCUCGUCACUCCACUGGCCUCCGGGCCUUCGGCUUCACCAUGCGCCAGUGCUACCAGCAGGUUUGCUGCCUCCUCCUCUUCAUCGCCAUGGGAGUCUUCACCUUCUCUGCUCUCAUGCACUCAGUGGAACAUGAUGUCCCAGGCACCAACUUCACCAGUAUCCCUGACGCCUGGUGGUGGGCAGCGGUCAGCCUCUCCACUGUGGGCUAUGGAGACACGGUGCCUGACACGAUGCUUGGCAGGGUGGUGGCAUUUGGCUGCAUCUCCUUUGGCAUCAUCCUCAACGGCAUGCCCAUCUCCAUCCUCUACAACAAGUUUUCUGACUACUAUGCCAAGCUGAAGGCCCAUGAGACCAGCAACUCGGUCAAGCUCUCCAGGAAAUUCCACUUGAAAAAGCGAGUCCUGCAGAAGCUGUCGGAGUGCUGCCGACCAGACCCUCCCUGUCGCCACUGACCACCAAUCCUUCACUCCCUGGAUUACUCCUCCACCACGGCGCAUCCUGCCCUUCACUGGUCAUCCUGCCAGAAAGUCCUGUCCCCUGUGGAAGCUCCAGAGCUCAGGCAGCGAGCAGCAGCUGUAAUAAAGCAGUCAGUAAAGAACCAGCUAAAGGACAUCUGAACAGCCGAGGCAGGACAUCUGUCUGCCGUGGUCUGGGGCACGGGGCACACCGGGGACACGGGGAGCUGGCAGUGGGAUGCAUGGGGCUGACCUCUGUCACCCUGCUGAGGGUGGUAGAAGUGGACACUCAUGAGGUGAAGCCCGAUGUGAUACCUGGGCAGAUGCUGCUCUGCUGCUGAGUCGAGCAGGAUGUGCACAGGCUUCCCCGCCAGGCAGUGGCCAAAAGCCCUGCGACUCCUUCCCAGCCAGGUGGGAAUCUAGCCAGGCUGAGUCCAGCAAAUCCAGGUAUUUGGAUGAAGACCCACAGAAAAUAACCUGCACCUGUGUGCUCUUCCAACCAACCCGUUUUCCUUCCUGCUGCCGUGGGAGCCUGGGGCACGGUCCUCGCUCGGGAUGCUGCUGUGACAGGAAGCACAGCCACUCUGGGAAUGCAGAGCUGGAAGCCAGAGCAUCCCCAGGGAGAGGCGUUUAAU